AACUUCAGGACUCCUUCCUACGAUUAUUUAGGCCACAGCAAGACAAUUAUGUGACAUUUUAAAAAGCACUUUCAUUUGUCUUAUGCAAAGUAUCGGGAGACUGAAUUUUGGUUUUCGCUCGCUAUACAAUCCAAAAUCAAUACAAAUAAAACCACGACAGGCCCACUCUAAGCUGAAGUUGUCAGCUGAUAGAGUAAUACAUUAAUAAAUAAACUGUUUGGUGACAUUUCCCCGCCCUCGCAGCCAGGCGGAACAUCUGCAGGGCCGGAUCCGCUCAUGAAUCUUUUCUGGGGAACUUUCGCUUCCUGACUCUUGCCCGUUUCCGCACUGUUGCGCCUCUCAAGCCACCAGAUGCCCGAAGAGCCUCUCAGCGGUUUGGCGUGUGAGCGAUUGAGUCGUUUCUAGCUCUUCUGACAGGCGCUUCUCCUCCUGACCGGAGUCCCAGAUUUCUUACCCCUUGAGUCCGGAACCGAGCUGUGCGCAAAACAUGUCGCAGCCGCAGCAGCUGCGGGACGAGAGUGACUUUGACCAGCUGCCGGACAACAUCCCCAUCAGCGCCACCAUCGCUGACGUCGAGGAGAAAAAAGGUUUCAUUGAUUACUUUAGGUUUGUGGUCGAGGUGAAGACAAAGGGAGGCAGUAAGUAUCUGAUCUAUCGGCGCUACAGAGAGUUUUUCAGCCUCCACCAAACCCUGGAGAGCAAAUACUCCCCUGACGACCCGGACCGGCCCGGUGCCAACGCUUGCGUCCUGCCUCCUCUUCCAGGAAAAAUCUACAUCGGCAACAAAAAGGAGAUUGCAGAAAGCCGAAUACCUGAACUCAACACGUACAUGAAGAGGCUGCUUGGUCUUCCAACAUGGCUGCUACUUGAUGAUACUCUCAGGAUGUUCUUCUACCAGACGGAACAGGACAGCCAGCACGCGCCUCGGGCCCUGAGGCGUCUUCGUCCACCCACCCGCAAAGUGAAAACAGUAAAAGCACCAAAGAUGGACCUCUUCUCCUCCCCCAGGGCAGAGGCGAUGUUUGACUUUCGCGGGAACGGCAAGGCAGAGUUAAACCUGAAGAGGGGAGAAGUGAUCUUCCUGCUGCGACGAGUCAAUGCCGACUGGCUGGAGGGGACGGCGAACAAUCAAACAGGUAUUUUCCCAGAAUCCUUUGUGAAGAUUAUUAAGCCCCUCCCAGAAAGUGACUCUGAGGGUGAAGGCGGGGGCCACACUUACAGCUGCCUUCGCUGUUUCCUGCUCACCCCAUCCGGAGUGGAAACCAGAGACGUGUGUGUACAAGAGGCGCUCACUAUCCAGCCAACGUACAACGAGCUGGUGUCCCGCAUGAGGAAUGUCUUCAAGGUGGACGACAUUGCCCUGAACUACCGCGACCCCGAGGGCGACCUCAUACGCCUUCUCGACGACGAGGACGUCCAGCUGAUGAUCAAGGAGGGCAGGCGUCAGCAGGGGCAGGUCCAGAGGCCUGUCAACCAGUUUCCAUGGGAACUGCACGUGAGCAUGGCCUCUGACCUCUCAGUUUAUGGCUCUGAACCCUGAGAGAAAUAUUUAAAUGUGGCACAAGACAGAAGGAAGUACGGGAGCUAAUGAUCGCUGCUGUACGUUUAUUCCUAACGGAUCCAAACAUUUCACUUAGCAGAAUAAACUCAUUUCAAAUCA